CGCCGCUCCCGACGCUGCUGCUGCCGCCGCGGCCACCUCCUCCUCCCCACCCCCUCUCUCUCUCUCCAUCUCUCUGUCCCGUUCCCCCUUUCCCCCGCCUCUCUCCGCCCUGCCGCCGGCGGCCCUGGCAGAGCAGGCACUGCAGGGGGAUCUCAAUGUAACACCAUGACAGGCAUCGCCGCCGCCUCCUUCUUCUCCAAUACCUGCAGGUUCGGGGGCUGCGGGCUCCACUUCCCAAGCCUGGCUGAGCUCAUCGAGCACAUUGAGGACAACCACAUCGAUACAGACCCACGUGUGUUAGAGAAACAAGAACUGCAACAGCCAACAUAUGUUGCUCUAAGUUACAUUAACAGAUUUAUGACUGAUGCAGCUCGCCGUGAGCAGGAAUCCUUGAAGAAAAAGAUUCAGCCUAAACUCUCUUUGACUUUGUCAAGUUCAGUGUCCCGUGGGAAUGUAUCUACUCCACCCCGCCACAGCAGUGGAAGCCUUACUCCUCCAGUCACGCCCCCAAUCACUCCCUCCUCCUCAUUUCGUAGCAGUACACCAACAGGUAGCGAAUAUGACGAGGAAGAAGUAGACUAUGAAGAAUCAGACAGUGACGAGUCCUGGACCACAGAAAGCGCCAUCAGCUCGGAAGCUAUCCUCAGUUCAAUGUGUAUGAAUGGAGGGGAUGAGAAGCCUUUUGCCUGUCCUGUUCCUGGAUGUAAAAAAAGAUAUAAGAAUGUGAACGGUAUAAAGUACCAUGCCAAGAAUGGCCACAGAACACAGAUCCGUGUACGCAAACCAUUCAAAUGUCGUUGUGGAAAGAGUUACAAGACAGCUCAGGGCUUGCGGCACCACACAAUCAAUUUCCAUCCCCCAGUGUCUGCUGAGAUUAUCAGGAAGAUGCAGCAAUAACAUGCUGGUCACAAAUGUGCCAAGAAAUCCUCACCAGCAGUUGCUGAUUUUGAAAACAGCCACCUUUUUCAGGGGAAGCAUUCAGCAACCCUUUAAAAAAAUGAAAUGCAUGCUUUAAAUUUUUCUGUAAUUUUGGAAUGAUGUAUCUUUGUAGAGUUAAUGAUUUUGUACAUUUGCACUUGUAAUCAUCAUACCCAUUUUCAUUACUUUGAUAUAAGGUGCUAAAAAAGCUUAGAACACUUUCAGAACACUUUCCCCAAAUCAAAACUUAGGGGGUGUUGCAUAUUUAGUUGUACUGCAGUGUUAAUUAGGGGUGUGGAGAGGAAAGCUUGGCACUGACAUCGUUUCAAGAUUGUAAUGUGGUUGAAGAUUUUCAACACAUCCGUUCGUGUGUGUGUAAAACCAAAACAAUACCACCAUUGUCAAACUGGUUAACAUGCCUUACAUAAUGGAGUUAUCGAUGGUGUAGCAAGUCUUUUAGGUAUUGGAAAUAUAAAUAAGAAAGAAUGUUUAACAUAAUAUGCUAAAAAUAUUUUCAUACUUAAAUAACAUACAUAAAAAGGUGUGCUUGCUGUAUUUUAUAUUAUCUUGCAAAUUCUUUUUUCCCUUUUGAAAUGCUGAAAAUCUUGCCAUUUGAACUAGUAAACAAUCACCUUUAGUGUUAGGAUUAUUACUUUGUUUUUAUACAAGAUGAUGUAUUAAGUUCAUGCCCAUCAAACUUUUGAGGACCAAGAUCCCAGGCCAACUAAAUAUUUUCUCCUGAAAUCUACUGUUAGAAAGACACUUCGAAAUACUUAAGUGCAAAUUUGUGUGUGAGAGAGAAACAAUUCUAUCUUCAUCUCAGAUGAAGUUUUAAAGCACUUUGUAGUUCUCUGUUGCCAACAGAUUUAAUGUUUUAUGCGUUGCCAAUUCUUGCAACUACAGUACUAACUUAUGCCUGUGGUUGCAAAUAAAAAUUAAAAAUUCUAAGCUUCGUUUAAGGAGGGAUGUUAUUUGUGUUACAGAAAUCUCUAGUGACCCUCCUUCACGUUCAUUAUAUUUUGAAAUUUUCUUUGUAUAUUUUUUGCCUCUUAUUGUAGAUCACUCCAUUCCACUUGGAAAUGUCUGUUUAGCUUUACAAAUCACUUUGCUGAAAUAUGACAUGAGCCUUACUGAAGAUGAAGUGCUUCUUGCAGCCAGUGUCAAAGAUUGACUUGAAACAAGAGCCAUUGUAAAAUGACUUGUCUGGACCAUACCUGAACAUAUAUUGCUUACAAUACCAUAAUGCCUUGAGCAUUCUUCUCUCACAAGUGCUAUUCUUUGAAGCUUAGAUUAAAAAAACCUAUAAAAAUUCAGACCUAUUUCCCAUGAAAACAAAUUAAGCGUUUUGAAAUGUAGUAAGUAACUUUCCUCUCUUCCUUGUAUUUUGCAUGAAAGUUCAGACAAAUGGGAAACAGACCUCUCCGUUUUUCUAAAACAUUAAAAAUGAACUUUGAAAGGAUGACAAUUUUCUGUUAACCAGCUACUGAAUCCCUCAUAAUGAGGUUUUAAAGAA